AUGUCAUACAACGGUAAUGAUGAAUUGAAUGCUAUUGUUAUUGAUAAUGGAUCCGGUAUGGUUAAAGCUGGUUUCGGUGGCGAUGAUGCACCACGCGCUGUCUUUCCAGCUGCUGUUGGUCGACCACAUUAUACUGCUAUUAUGCCUGGAAUGGGUCAAAAAGAAUCCUACAUUGGAGAUGAAGCUUUAGCAAAAAAAGGUAUUCUAACAAUUCGUUAUCCAAUUGAACAUGGAAUUGUUACAAAUUGGGAUGAUAUGGAAAAAAUUUGGCAUCAUACUUUCUAUAAUGAACUUCGUGUUGCACCUGAAGAACAUCCAGUUUUACUUACAGAAGCACCACUAAAUCCUAAAGCUAAUCGUGAAAAAAUGACACAAAUUCUUUUUGAACAAUUUAAUACACCUGCUAUGUAUGUGGCAAUUCAAGCUGUUCUUUCACUUUAUGCAAGUGGUCGAACAACAGGUGUUGUUUUGGAUAGUGGUGAUGGUGUAUCUCAUACAGUACCGAUCUAUGAAGUUUGGAUUGGUGGUUCAAUUCUUAGUUCAUUAUCAACAUUUCAAACAAUGUGGAUUUCGAAACAAGAAUAUGAUGAAUCAGGUCCAUCGAUUGUUCAUCGAAAAUGUUUUUGA